AUGUCGACAGUCCCACAUGCUGUCGAGAACAUGGCAGAUGCCGCCCAGGCUACGGCCAUGGAGCAUCAGAUGACCCUGAAGCAGGCCUUCACUGUCUAUCGCAAGGCUGCCCUCUGGUCACUUGCCCUUGGCACCUGCAUCAUCAUGGAGGGUUUCGAUCUCAUCCUCAUUGGCAGCCUCUUUGGUUAUCCCGCCUUCCAGCGCAAGUUUGGCCAGCUUCAACCAAACGGCACUUAUGAGCUCACGGCUGCAUGGCAGUCGGGCCUCUCCAAUGGCACUCUCUGUGGGCAGAUCGUCGGCCUGUUCGCUGCUGGUCUCCUCUGCGACAGGUUUGGCUUCCGCAAGACCAUGGGUGGCGGUAUCGCUAUGAUAACGGCUUUCAUCUUCUUCCCGGUAUUCGCGCCCACCAUUGAGAUUCUUCUUGUCGGUCAAGUCCUGCUCGGCAUCCCCUUUGGCGUGUUCCAGACCUUGGCCUGCACCUACGCUGCAGAGGUUUGCCCGACUACUCUGCGUGCCUACCUCACAACCUACACGAAUCUCUGCUGGGUCAUUGGUCAGAUUCUUUCGUCUGGCGUUCUCCGUGGUCUUCUCUCCCGCACAGACGACUGGGGCUACAAGAUCCCUUUCGCGCUCCAGUGGUUCUGGCCCAUCCCAAUUGCCGUGUUCCUCAGCUUCGCUCCCGAGUCACCUUACUGGUACGUGCGCAAGGGCCGUAUCGAGGAUGCCAAGCGCUCGCUCCAGCGCCUGACCGAUAAGUCGAGCAUGCCCGAAUUUGACAGCGACCAGGUGGUGGCCAUGAUGGUCUACACCAACAACAUGGAGAAGGCCGCAUCCGAGGGUACAACCUACUGGGACUGCUUCAAGGGCACCGACCUGCGCCGAACUGAGAUUGUGUGCGUCGUCUGGGCCAUCCAGACUCUGUGCGGCUCGACCUUUAUGGGAACCUCCAGCUACUUUUACCAGCAGGCCGGCCUCGACGUGAGCAAUGCCUUUACCAUGACUCUGGUCCAGUUUUGUCUCGGUGGUCUGGGCACGGUCUUCUCCUGGGCUCUCAUGGGAUGGUUUGGUCGCCGCACGCUUUAUCUGGGGGGCCAGCUCAUCAUGUGCGCCCUCCUUGCCAUCAUCGGCUUCCUCGCUCUCAUCGACCGCUCCAACACCAAUGCUCAGUGGGCCAUUGGCUCCAUGCUCCUGGUCUACACCUUUGUCUACGACUGCACAGUCGGCCCUGUCUGCUACGCGCUCGUGACGGAGCUCACCUCGACCCGGCUCAAGGUCAAGACUGUUGUCCUCGCGCGCAACCUGUACAACGUCACCGGCAUCGCCACCAACAUCCUCACUCCGCUGAUGCUGAACCCCACGGCCUGGAACUGGGGUGCCAAGGCGGGCUUCUUCUGGGCUGGCUCUUGCGCCCUGUGUGCGCUGUGGACCUUUUUCCGUCUGCCGGAGCCCAAGGGCCGCACCUACGGCGAGCUGGAUGUGCUCUUUGAGGGCAAGGUUGGCGCGCGCAAGUUCAAGACUGCCGAGGUCGACGAGUUUCCCUCGACCUCUACUUUAAACUUGGAGAAGGUCUCGAGCGAUGUCAGUGGCAAGGCUGAGGGCAAUGCCAACGUGCACGUCGAGACCGUGUAG